AUGUCCAAUUAUGCAUUUAUUCUGUUGAAUGGAGAUUACUUUUGCAAUCUGACAGAAGUUGGUUAUCUUGAUUGUGUUACUGUUACAUAUGAGUUGGCACUUCUGUUUUCUAGUCUGCCUGAGGUUCAUGCAAAUGCGAUAAAAACAUUAUGUGCUAUAGCCCGUAAUGCCCCAUCUGCUCUUGCUACCAAACUUUCUAGCCCCAGUUUUGUUGCAAGGAUAUUUGAUCAUGCUUUGGAAGAUUCACAUUCAAAGUCUGGCCUUGUGUAUUCACUUUCUGUAUGCAUUUCUUUGUUGGAUCCAAAGAGAUCAUCAGCGUAUUCUCCUUUGUUUCACUCUUUCCGAAAUCAACAUAUGUAUGAAUGUCCAGUUCCUGUUGAUCCAGAGACUGUUGGUGCAAUGCUCCCUAAACUUGGUGAUUUGUUAAAACUCUUAAACUUGUCAUCUAAUGAUAAAGUAUUACCCACAACAUAUGGAGAAUUACGGCCUCCUCUUGGAAAACGUCGUUUGAAGGUAGGUGCUUAAUUUGUGUUGUAUAAA